GUCGACUCCAAAACUUUGAAUCACCCUCCUCUUUUGCAGCUGCUCCUGAUAUCCGUGCCCCCCCACGACCUGACGACAGUCCGACCCUCUGGAACCCGCCUUUUUUGCUCCUUUUCAAUUGGGAAUUCGUAGUUUCCCCUUCGCACUCUUUAGCAGAUUCCUAUCAAGAUGUCUCCGACUGCUGGUACUGGACGGGAGAAGGAGUCGAACACCGCGCGACUCUUGGGCUCCGGCUCCGCUGGUAUCGCUGAAUUGGCCGUCUUCCACCCCGUCGACACCAUUGCGAAGCGCUUGAUGAGCAACCAGACCAAGAUUUCCGGCGCCGAGCAGCUCAACAAGGUCAUCUUCAAGGACACGGCCACCGCGACAGCGGGCCGCAAGUUCGUUUCGCUCUUCCCCGGUCUGGGAUACGCCGCCGGCUACAAGGUCCUGCAGAGAAUAUACAAGUAUGGCGGUCAGCCCAUCGCCAGGGACUUGUUGGCCAAGAACUACGGCGAGGACUUUGAGCGCGCUUUCGGCAAGAAGACUGGCAAGGCUAUCAUGCACUCCACCGCCGGCAGUUUGAUCGGUAUCGGAGAGAUCGUCCUCCUUCCCCUCGACGUCCUCAAGAUCAAGAGACAGACAAACCCCGAGGCCUUCCGUGGCCGUGGUGUCUUCAGAAUUGUCGCCGACGAGGGCUUCGGCCUGUACAGAGGUUGGGGCUGGACUGCCGCCCGCAACGCUCCUGGUUCUUUCGCUCUCUUCGGUGGUUCCGCCUUCACAAAGGAGUACCUCUUCAAGCUCGACGACUACAACAAGGCCUCGUGGUUCCAGAACUUCAUCGCCUCCAUCGCCGGUGCCUCCGCCUCCCUCCUUGUCUCCGCUCCCCUCGACGUCAUCAAGACCCGUAUCCAGAACCGCAACUUUGAGAACCCCGAAAGUGGUUUCAGAAUCAUUUCCAACAUGAUGAAGAAUGAAGGUGCCACCGCUUUCUUCAAGGGUCUGGUUCCCAAGGUAAUACCUGCCAGCAGCCCCCCUUCCUCUGCACAUAUAGAUCAUUCGCUGACACUCCAUUUCCCCUUUUAGCUCCUUAUGACUGGACCCAAGCUGGUCUUCUCAUUCUGGCUUGCACAGACCCUCAUCCCCGCCUUCGACGGCAUGCUUAAGAAAUAAAUGAAGACGGAAAAUGGAGCCUAGACCUUCACAAAAACAAAAAGAAAGCAACGGCGUUGGAUGGGUAGAACGUGGAGUCUCGGAACUGAGCCCGAUAGAUCGUUGGACAUGACGAAGACUCGACGAAAGGGUAUAGACAAAGAUGAGAAAGCGAGGCUUAGCAGCUGCCCAAAAAA